GGUACAUUGUUGUUGUUUUGUAGUUAAUUUAGUGCGAGCCCGAGGAGACACCGCUGGACGCGCCGCGCCGAACCGAACCGUGUCAAAGUUUCCGCGUCGCCUCCGAACACAGGGACACUUUACUCCACGCCACUGUUUUCCAUUUUUCUUCACGCAUUCCGGUCCACGACACAAAAUCCGCGUCCACAGAGUGUCUUCUGUGAGAUCCUGGCCACUUGUCUGCAUGCAGGGAAUGACGACUCAGUUCAAGACGAGCAAAGCUUUAAAGAUGUGCUCGUAUGUGUCUUCCACUCUCCACGUGCUACAGGUCAAGAGGGAGGUGGUCGAAAAUGCCCCAGCGCUCAGCGACGACGAGCUGGUGGCCAUGUCCGUGCGCGAGCUCAACCAGCACCUGCGCGGGCUGACCAAGGACGACGUCGUGCGGUUGAAGCAGAGGCGACGCACGCUCAAGAACCGGGGCUACGCCGCCAGCUGCCGCAUCAAGCGUGUCACGCAGAAGGAGGAGCUGGAGAGACAGAAGAUCGACCUGCAGCAAGAGGUGGACAAGCUGGCCCGGGAGAACGCCAGCAUGAGGCUGGAGCUGGACGCCCUGCGAGCCAAGUAUGAGGCCCUGCAGUGUUUCGCCCGGACUGUGACCCGCGGGCCCCUCUCGCCGGGCAAGGUGGCGACCACCAGCGUCAUCACCAUCGUCAAGUCGGCCAACCACAACAACUCCAGCCCAACGCCAUUUUCAGCGCAGUCCUAGUGUCGACAGGACUGGGCUCUUCUCCUCCUGCCUGGUCCUUCCCGGUUCUGACCCUUCUGACCCCGAACCCACUCAUCCUGUACUGAGAAGGACGCUCAGUAGUUUAGACUGAGGGAUGGGAUGGGGCGGCGAACUCUAUGUGAUGUUAUUCUGAAUUCACGACUGCGUCUCCCUCCUUUCCGUCUGAUUCACACAUUGUCUGUGCACUGUGCAAAUCCCCUCACCUCCCGCACCGCCCAGCACCGGCAGGGUAAUGGACCUCUGUGACCUGACCUCCAUGACUGAUAACAGAGAUUUGCUUUUACUUUAAAAAAAAAAAAAAGAGUUUGACAUGCCUUUAAUGAGGCAGCACUGGCCAAGGACAGCUCCGAAACUUAUUGCCAUCAGGACAUAACAUAAAGGAUUUGAGAAGCUUGUAAAAGUGACAGUAAAGCUCUUAACAACACCUUUUUCCAAAUGUGUCCUUUAAGGUAAAAGUGCCUCAGUGUAAACAAAGCCUUUUAAAAAAGGAUCUUUUAUUGAUCUCAUGUGUUGGGAAUGGACGUAGCCUUCCAGUUUGAAAAGUGACGCUGAGGAAGUAAAAGUUAGCCACCAGGUGUUCAGCUUGAAUCAAUAACCUGCACACCAUCGCAUCAUCCCCACCCCCCCACCCUCCCUCCAAUCCUCUAGCAAAGCCCCUGCAGGUUUUUUUUUUAUCGCUCCAUCUUUGCAACGGGGAUCCGGUCUCUUCACGACCACGGUUGUCGUAAAGAAAUUCUACUCACGGCUCUUCACGCUCCGUUGGGAGAACUGGGCUUGAUCACUGACCAGUGUUUAGCCAAUGGGCUGCAGCAGUGGAACAUUAGCACUCAUAUCUCCGUCCUGAUUAUGCAAAGUUGUGCUCAGUGGUCACUCUUGUUAAAUUGUGCAUGUGCCAUUUAGGAGCUAAUGGCCAGUGCUCCACAGGAAAGACACUGUGACUCAUUUUCUUUUUUUUUUUGAAUUUGGAAGUUUUCAUUUGUUGGAGAACUUUUGAGAACGCUGUGUGCAAAUCUUUGCCUCGACUAUAUCGACUCCACAUAUUGAGGUAGCUGUCUUGGGCCUUUGUGCCAACCUUCUGGCAACUGCCCAAAUAUGGAAAAAGAAAUCACACCUGCAGGGUAUGUUUUCUGCAGCUCUGAUUUCAAAAGCAGCACAUCUCCUUCAUUUCAAUUUGCUGUCACAAUAGCUCAUCCACAAAACACUCGACUUGAGCUGGUGUUGAAUUUUGUCAGCGAGGCUGAGAAGUGAUUUUCACAUUGACCCGAGUUAAAAACAUUGGUGAGGUGCUGCAUGGUUUCUCUCGCUGCAGCCAUUUCCCCCUUGAGCAAUAAUUCACCUUUUCUGCUUAUAUGAAGUGCAUGAGUUGAAUUAUAUAUAGUUCCAGUUUCAACAGAUUUAACUGACGGCAGACUUGGGAGGACUAAAAUGUAAAAAAUGGUUGAAUGGUUGACUUAAGGAUCAGACUUCUUUGGUUUUCGACGUUGCCCAGCAUCGCUCCUUGUUUUAGCACUUAUGAGGAAACUGUUAGGAUGCAGUAUAAAAGAAAGAAGCCAGAUGCGAUUAAAGAUGGUGUGACCACUUA